UGCCUGCACAAUAUAAUUAUUAUUUUAUGGAGCAUAGAAAGAGGCUUGCCACAUUCUCCAGAGAGUCAUCGAACAUUCUUUAUCUCCUUCUCUCUUUCGUCAUUCUUUGUGGCACUUUCAUGAGUAAACUUCCGUGCGGCGAUCACAUUGAGAGGCGGAGACGAUAAUUAUUCAGACUAACCAGCCUCACUAAUUAGUACAAAAUGGAACGGCGUCCAGGAAUGGUGUUGUUCCUUGCGUCUCUCGCGAUCCUGAUCGCGGCCGUCCCUCUCGAUCAAAAGGACAAAGAGCCAGAGGGAUUGGGAAAAGAAAGUUUUAUCACCCUUCAUAUACACUCGGAGAUCGACGUCGACAGCAAUAACAACACCGAAAGGCCCAAAGUGUCCCUAUGCUGUCAUAUCGGCAAUCUCCUCUUCAAAAAUAAUUGCGUCAACAACACGGAGAACGGAACGGAAACCGUGCAGCUGCCGGCAAUCUACGAGACCAAUCUUACACCGACAAAUGUUACCGCGAGCAACGAGUAUUUCCGUUUUGUGGUCUGGAAUCCAUGCUCUGGUAAGAAGCGAUAUCCUUUACAUCCGGACGUCUACGAGGACGAGAAAUGGUACCUGUUGUCGAACGGUUCUAUAAUACGACCGUUGACUGACGAAGUGGAAGAUCGUAUACUGAACUAUGAUCAAUACUGUUUGGGUCGAGUAAAAAGUUACUACACGGAUUACCUGGUGUUCUUUUGCGAGGAUGCAGUCGAAGAUGUUAGUGAAGUCGUGUACUCCUUCGGGAUGUUGGCAUCUGUUCCAUUUCUGGUCGCUACGUACGCUGUUUACUGGCUGCUGCCCGAGCUGAGGAACCUGCACGGUCUGACGCUGUGCGGAUACGUCGGCUGCUUGGCGAUAGCGUACAGCAUAUUGGGAGUCCUGCAACUAACACCGCAGGAAAAAAUAUCAAACAACAUCUGCUUGGCACUCGGGAUUAGCGUCUCCUGUCGCCUUGUCAUCAUCCCCGCCGAUCAAGAACCUGCCUUAUCGAGGUACCUUUUUAUCGGCAUCGUUUUUUUCCUGAUAUGCAAUAUACACACGAAAAUCCGCUCUCUGUUAAAACAAAAGUGUUGCGGAUAAAUCGUGAUAGGCUGAUGAUAUCACGCGUAUCCUCGUUUCCGUACUUUGCGAUAUCGCUGCGGUUACUGGACAUCUCACAAAGCUUUCAUAAGAAAAAACCAAGUCUGUUGAGUAAAUUCAAUCAUUAG